AGAGUUAGUUUAAAAAGUUAAACAAUCCAUUAUAUUUAUUUUUAGGGCAUUUGUGUAGAAACAUGACAUACAUAGGACACGACGGAAUUUCUUGCAGAGUGGUUUUAUUAGACGAAGAAGAAGCAGAACAAGAGAAGACGACGGCGUUUUCCGAUGGAAAAUUCUUAAUCAAGAUCGUACCGACAUCCAUGCUUAAAGAAGACGAUCGAAAACAGCCGCCUGGUCCAACAGUAACACUGCUGCAUGAAGAUUUAAUAUUUGAUAGCGAAAUGUUCCAGUGUACUAUACGUGGAAUUCUUGCGGAUUUGGAUCUUCCAACUCAAGAACGGUUGAUUGAUCAUAUAUAUUACGAAUUUGUUAAAAUAUUUGUGGCUCAAAUUUUUGAUUUGGAUAAUAAAAAGAUUUUGUACAUUCUGGUGCAUGUUGAACAAGAGAGUGAGAGUGAGAGUGAGAGUGAUGAUGAUUACUACGAGGAGCUGGAGCCUGCGGAAGAAUCCGUAAUCGAUGCACUGGGGAAGUUAAAAAUCGAAUCGGAUAAUGGUGUUAAUAGAUGUACAAUUUGCUUGGAAGAGCUUGUGAUCGGUUCCGAAGCAACUCGAAUGGCUUGUUCACAUAUUUUUCAUCAAGAAUGUAUUCGUUCAUGGCUUCAAAUUAAUGGAGUUUGUCCCUUGUGUAGGGAUCAGAUAGCUUCGUCACUAGAUACCUAA